AUGGCGAAGCAGCUUGCCGUGCACGCUCUCCUGCUGGUGGUCUUGCUCCUCGCGCUCUCGUCCGUUCACGCUGGCAGCAACUCGACGGCCUCGGCCGGACCACUGUAUGGCAUCGAGUUCCCGCCGUACAACACGGCCGUCGCCGACGCCGGCUGCGACGGCAGGCUGGUGGCCGAGGAGGCGGAGCUCGCGCGCCAGCCACCCUCCCUCAAGCUCCACAUGACCCACCGCUCCGCCGCCGAGGACACCGCGGGGAAAGCCUCCUUCUUCCUCGACUCGGCCGAGAAGGACGCGGCCCGCAUCGGCACGAUGCACGGCAGGAGGGCCGCGCUGGCCAGGAAGGGCUCGCGGCCGCGGCGGGCGCUGUCGGAGAGGGUGGUGGCCACGGUGGGGUCGGGCGUGGCGGUCGGCUCCGGGGAGUACCUGGUGGACGUGUACGUGGGCACGCCGCCGCGCCGGUUCCGCAUGAUCAUGGACACCGGCAGCGACCUCAACUGGCUGCAGUGCGCUCCCUGCCUCGACUGCUUCCACCAGACCGGCCCCGUCUUCGACCCCGCCGCCUCCGCCUCCUACCGCAACGUCACCUGCGGCGACGCGCGCUGCGGCCUUGUCUCCCCGCCGCCAGAGUCUCCGGCGGCGCCGCCAGGGAGGACGUGCCGCAAGCCGCGAAGCGACCCCUGCCCGUACUACUACUGGUACGGCGACCAGUCCAACACCACGGGGGACCUGGCGCUCGAGGCCUUCACCGUCAACCUCACGGGCGCCGCCGGGACCACCCGGCGCGUGGACGGCGUGGCGUUCGGGUGCGGCCACCGCAACCGCGGCCUCUUCCACGGCGCCGCGGGGCUGCUGGGGCUGGGCCGCGGCCCGCUGUCGUUCGCGUCGCAGCUGCGCGGCGUCUACGGGGGGCACGCCUUCUCGUACUGCCUCGUCGACCACGGCAGCGCGGCCGGGAGCAAGAUCAUCUUCGGCCACGACGACGCGCUGCUCGCGCACCCGCGGCUCAACUACACGGCCUUCGCGCCGGCCGCGGCCGACGCGGCGGACACCUUCUACUACCUCCAGCUCAGGUCCGUCCUCGUGGGCGGGGAGGCGGUGGACAUCCCGUCCGACGCGCUGGCCGCCGGCGGCACCAUCAUCGACUCCGGCACGACGCUGAGCUACUUCCCGGAGCCGGCGUACCGGGCGAUCCGGCAGGCGUUCGUGGACCGCAUGAGCCCGUCCUACCCGCUCAUCGCCGGGUUCCCGGUGCUGAGCCCGUGCUACAAUGUGUCCGGGGCGGAGAGGGUGGAGGUGCCGGAGCUGUCGCUGGUGUUCGCGGACGGCGCGGCGUGGGAGUUCCCGGCGGAGAACUACUUCAUCCGGCUGGAGCCGGAGGGCGUGAUGUGCCUGGCCGUCCUGGGCACGCCGCGCUCCGGCAUGUCCAUCAUCGGCAACUACCAGCAGCAGAACUUCCACGUGCUCUACGACCUCGAGCGCAACCGGCUCGGCUUCGCGCCGCGCCGGUGCGCCGACGUCUAA